UCUCGUUAGUCUUCAUAUAAAAUGCCUUGAAACAGUCUCUUUGCUUCCAUCUUUCUUUUUCUUUCCUUUUUCCCCCUUUACUUUUACUUUCCCUUCUUCCCACCGCAAAUAAUCAUGGAAUCCAAAAAUGGAAGUUUGCCACUCUUACGCAUCUUGCUUCUGAUUCUGCUUGGUUUUGCAACCUCUGAUAUCAAUCAGGACAAAACAGAAUGUGCUAAUCAGCUAGUUGGGCUUGCUCCAUGUCUGCCAUAUGUUGGUGGAGAGGCAAAAACACCUACCAUCGAUUGUUGCAGUGGGCUCAAACAGGUGCUGGAUAAGAGCAAGAAAUGCCUGUGUGUCUUGAUUAAAGAUAGAGAUGACCCCAGGCUUGGCCUCAAUAUCAAUGCUACUCUUGCAGCUACCCUUCCUAGCACUUGUCGUGCCGCUGUUAACAUGACAGAUUGCAUCUCCCUUCUGCACUUGGCACCCAACUCCCAGGAAGCAAAGUUAUUUGAAGGAUAUCAAAAGCUGACAGAGAGACAUGGCAGUACCCCAGCAGCUAGUGGGAACUCCACUAGCAGUGCGGCAGAGAAGAGUGAUGGAGGAAAGGGAAAGAGGUGGAUAGGAGUAGAGUUGGCUUUUGGAGUUUCACUAUGGAUAUUCACUGCACACCAAAACCUUGGUGUGUGAGGACGCCAUUUACAAUUACAGCCAGUUAAUAUGAAUUACUGUAUCUGUAUUUUUAUAAACAGUGGACGUGACAUGAUCGAGUUAUAUAUGUAUUGUAUGACCUUUUGUCUUGAUUGUAUUUUUUUGCUAUUUUCAAGGGUCCCGCGUGGAUUAAUUCGUAUGGAUGGGAACAGAUCUCCUUAAAUUCCAAUUAAUAUGGCAGUAUGGUGGGUCCUUCAUAAGUUAACCUCCAGUCAAGCAACGUCAAACGGAAUGC